AUGGCAUCCUUGUUCGUUGCGCAGUUGUUACAUUUGGUAGCGCCAUUUAUCUUCGAGUUGAAAAACCAAAGUUUAUGCAAGGCCCUAUCUAUUGUAACGCAUUUUGCUUUCCUAGCUGCUUUUUUCUGGAUGAAUGUGAUGUCUUUCGACAUAUGUUUCAUAUUUUCAACGGGGUUUACUAAUUCGGGUGAAAGGGGAAGUCCUUCAAAGCGUGUGCUGUUUUACAGGUUCUAUGCUUGGUUGGGUGCUGUUAUCAUAGUUGGGUCUGCAGCCUCGGUUGAGUAUACUUCGGAUUCAAGUUUUAAACCCGGAUAUGGUGAUGGAGUCUGUUGGAUUUCAAAUAGCAGAGGGUUGAUGGUCUUCUUCCUGGUCCCCAUCGCAAUUCUGUUGUUUUCAAAUUCUGUUUUCUUCCUAAUAUCUGCCGUAAGUAUACACAUGUCAUCCAAGAAAACUUCCCGGAUUCUGAAGAGAAAGAACACUUGCAAAUUACUAAUUUACACAAAACUGUCGGUUGUGAUGGGGUUAACCUGGUGUUUUGGUUUCUCGGCAGCGGCAACUAAUAGUCAGGCGUUGUGGUAUUUGUUCAUUUUCUUCAACACUUUACAAGGAUUCUUUAUAGCAACUUUCUUUUUAUGUACGAAAAAGGUGUUCCAAAUCGUCCGAGAUGGUGCUUCUUCAUUUUAUUCCAAUACCAGGUCGCUUACUGUUAAAAAAUCUUUAACUUCAAAGUCUGGGAAUGAGAAAGGUAGAAAUGCUUCUAGAAAAUUCGAAGCCCGAUAUUAGUGUAGUACAGAAACUUUGUAAGAGAUCUCAUCUAUUCAUCAAGAAUUUUGUUUGUUUGUUUUUGAAUGAAAGGAAUUACCGCCAUAAUUCCAAGCAUCCUUCUCGUAUUCUUAAUUGUAGCAUAUGGCAUUUUUAAUUUCAUGCUACGUAAUAUAAUAACAUU